AUUACUAGAGAAAUAUGCGCAAAGUGUGCAUCUUGGAACUUCUUAGCGCGAAGAUGGUCAAAUUAUUUAGCUCCAUUCGACAAGCAGAGAUGUCAAGUGUUGUUUCAUCGAUUAAUUCCAUGCCUGGUGAAUUGAUCAACAUAUUAGACAAAUUUAAUUGGUUUGCAAGUUGUGUAACUUGUAGGUCUGUUUGCGGAAAAGUGGUUCAUGAUCAAGAUAAGAUGAUAAUGCUAGUGAAGGGCGUAAUAUCAUUGUCCACGGGAUUUGAAUUGGCUGAUAUGUUCCCUUCGCGAAAGUGGCUUCAUAAUUUCAAUGGGUUGAAGUUCAAAUUGAUGAAGGCUCAUGUAAAGGUGGAUGUACUUUUGGAGAAUAUCAUUAAUGAACAUAAGGAAAAUCGAGCAAAUGGUAAAAAGGGUAAUGGUGAGUUUGGAGGCGAAGAUUUGAUUGAUGUUUUACUAAGAGUCGUGGAAAGUGGAGAAUUAUGAACUCCAAUUACAAAUAAGAAUAUCAAAGCAGUUAUUUUUAGCAUGUUCGUCGCAGGAGCUGAAACAUCAUCUACAACAAUUAUUUGGACAUUGGCAGAAUUGAUGAGAAAUCCAAGUGUUAUGGCUAAAGCACAACAUGAAGUUAGAGAAGUUCUAAAGGGAAAGAAAACAUUUGAGGAUACUGAUUUGGAAGAGUUGAACUAUCUAAAAUUAGUAAUUAAAGAAACAUUAAGGCUACAUCCUCCGGCUCCUAUAUUACUUCCAAGGGAAUGCAGAGAAGAAACAACUAUCAACGGAUACACAAUACCUAUCAAAACUAGAGUCUUAGUGAAUGCAUUGGCAAUAGGAAGAGAUUCGAAAUAUUGGGAUAAUCCAGAGAGUUAUAUACCUGAGAUAUUUGAGAAUAGUUAUAUUGACUUUAGAGGAAAUCACUUUGAACUUAUUCCAUUUGGCGCAGGAAGAAGAAUGUGUCCAGGAAUGUUAUUUGGUUUAGCUAAUGUCGGACAUCCUUUAGCUGAGUUACUUUAUAACUUCGACUGGAAGCUUCCAGAUGGAAUUAAUCCGAAUGAUUUGGGCAUGAGGCGAAGCAGAAGGGAUAACUGCGAGCAGAAUGUCACAUCCCUACGAGGAGUAUGA